GGUCCUACAGUUGAGAUCCAGAGAAGUGGGAGUGACAUUCUCUGUGACAAUAAAAAGCUCUUGGGGAGCAAAAGCCUCUUGAUAAUGGUGUCUGCAAACGCCAUGGCUAGAGUAAUGGUCGCCAUGCUUGCUCUUUGUUUUCUUACUGGAAUGGAUGGGAAACCCAUUAAGAAGAGGGCAGUCAGUGAGAUACAGCUUAUGCACAACCUGGGGAAACACCUGGCUUCCAUGGAGAGGAUGGAAUGGCUGAGGAAAAAGCUUCAAGAUGUGCACAAUUUUGUUAGCCUUGGGGUUCCACUGAUUGCCAGGGAAGGUGGUUACCAGAGGCCCCUCAAGAAGGAAGACAAUGCUCUCAUUGAUGGCAACACAAAAAGCCUUGGCGAGGGAGACAAAGCUGACUUGGAUGUACUAGUGAAGGCUAAACCCCAGUGA